AUGGCCUUCCCUUGCCAUUUGUUGAACUUUUGGAGAAGUCCAAUCCUCUUGUGGGCAGCCACAACAGAGGGGUUCAUCCUUGGAGCCUCAUACUCCUCAAAUAAUAGCACUCAGGCUCACCCAAAUCCGCACUUUCCUGGACCUGAUCUUCAGCUCGAUCCUCAGCUCGAUCCUCAGCUCGACUCAGCUCGAUCGAGCUCAGGCUCCUCUUCUCGCAAAUCAUCCUCAUGCCCAACUAAUGUGUACACAGGGGGUCUGAAGUCAAUGUUCUCACCCCUUACUACUGUGGUGAGCUCUGGGUUGGGCAGGAGAAACUUGGAGGGUCCAACCAAUGGAUGUGUGAACUUGAAUUGGAACCUCCCAUCCAACUCCUUGUGCUCAAUGAGAAGGUUGGUCUUGCAAAACUUGAUGUCCAUCCAACCUGGUUCAGUAAGGAGUGGUCAAGGAAAGGCAUCAAGUUCCCUGUGUCAGAUCUAUCUCCCCUUGAUCCUCUUGCCAUCGCUUGUGCGUGAGAGAAUGGGCUUGAUUCCCAUGUCAAGAAACUUGAGUUCCCCCUCGUUGAUGGUCCCGGUCGCCUUCCUUGCAAAGAAGGUGUUGGCAAGUGCCUUGUGCACAUACCUCAAGCACUGGGCUCCUGAUCUGAGCUGCCUUGGACCUUGA